UAUAUAUUCACCUGCUCACACAUACACCACCUCCCUGCCGUGUUGUGUCUGUUCAUGUGGGUUUACAGCGCUCAUCCCUCGUGUUGCCCUCCUGUGUAUGAACGUUGCCUGUGUUUCUGACCUGAUUACACAAAAACUACUCAACCAAUUUCCAUGAAAGUUUGUGGAGGAAUGGGUUUUUUGGAGUGGAUCCCAAAAAAGAGGAUAGAGUGCAUUUAAAUGUAGUUUUAUAAGGGAACUGUUGGGCCUUGGUGCAGGAAGUGGAAUCACUCCCAACAUGAGGCUGGUAGCCAAGUUCCAGUGUUUUCUGUCACUUGAGAUGGAUAAGCUGUUAAAAUGGUCAAGAAGUCAAUAGUUGUGGCCCUGGCGAUCCUGCUCUUGGCGUCCGUUGCCACUUUUGUGGGUGUCUUCUUCAGCGUGGGGAGAAAGAAGGUCCCAGGUCAGCAUGUGUACUCGAAGGCAGCUGUGGCAGCAGAUGCUGGACCGUGUUCCGAGGUCGGCAGAGAUAUACUGCAGAAAGGGGGAUCUGCAGUAGAUGCCUCCAUAGCUGCUUUACUCUGUGUUGGACUCAUGAAUGCUCACAGCAUGGGCAUCGGAGGAGGACUCUUCUUCACAAUCUACAAUGCAACAAGUGGUAAAGUUGAAACCAUCGAUGCCAGGGAAACGGCACCACGCAAUGCAUCAGAGAACAUGUUCGGCAACAGUACAGAUUUAUCUCAGAGAGGAGGGUUGUCUAUUGCUGUACCAGGGGAGAUUCGAGGUUAUGAGUUGGCACACAGGCGACAUGGUAAACUGCCGUGGAAAGACUUGUUCCAGCCAAGCAUUCAUCUUGCAGAAAAAGGUUUUCCUCUGGGCAGGGCACUUGCCUCUGCUCUGUCCAAAAACAACGAAACGAUCAUCAAGGACGCAGCUCUAUGUGAAGUGUUUUGUGGAAAACCAGGUGAAGUCCUGAAAGAAAAUGAAACCAUUGUAUUUACCAAGCUUGCACAAACCUAUAAGAGGAUAGCUGAGGAGGGUCCUGGUGAUUUCUACGAGGGAACACUGGCUCAGAACCUUGUCACUGAUAUUCAGGCCGCAGGUGGUAUCAUCACGAUGGAGGAUCUGAGGGAUUAUGAGGCUGUCUUGGAUGAGGACCCGUUAAGGGUGGAUGUGGGGGAGUAUAACAUGGCUGUUCCAAAUGCCCCCGCGAGCGGCCCUGUGCUCUCACUGAUAUUAAACAUCUUGAAUGGGUACAACUUCACCUCAGACAGUAUGGCGAGCACUGGGAAAAAGAUCCUCACGUACCAUCGCAUCGUGGAGGCCUUUCGCUUCGCUUAUGCAAAGAGGACGUUGCUCGGAGAUCGGAAGUUUCUCAACAUCACAGAUCUCAUCCAGAAUAUGACUUCACGUUUCUAUGCCAAUGAGCUGCGUGAAAGGAUCACAGAUGAAACCACACAUCCCAUUGCAUACUAUGAGCCGGAGUUUUUCCUGCCUGACAACCACGGGACAUCGCACAUGUCUGUGGUGGCAGAAGAUGGAAGUGCUGUGGCAGCCACCAGCACCAUCAACCAUUUUUUGGGCUCCAAAAUCAUGUCAAACUUGACGGGGAUACUUCUCAACAACGAGAUGGACGACUUCAGCUCUCCGUUCAUUACAAAUGGCUUUGGAGUGCCUCCUUCACCCAACAACUUCAUCAGGCCAGGGAAAAGGCCAAUGUCGUCUAUGUGUCCAACCAUCGUCUUUGAUAAAAACAACAAGGUUAAGAUGGUGGUCGGAGGCUCAGGAGGAACGAAAAUCACCACUUCUAUUGCUCAGGUGAUUCUGAAUGCACUGUUCUUCAACUACGAUCUGGAAAAAGCUGUGUCGCAGCCGAGGCUCCACAACCAGCUGAGUCCCAACACUACUGUCGCCGAGCCUGACUUUGACAAAAGCAUCCUGGAUGGUUUGGCAUCGAAGAACCAUGAGACAGAGUACCUCAAAUCCACAGGAGCUGUGGUGCAGGCGGUGGUUCGUGACGAGGACGGACUCCACGCUCAGUCGGAUCCUCGCAAGUGGGCCUACGCUGCGGGGUACUGAGGUCGUAAACACACACCUGUGAUUGUGCAGAGGGACUGUAGCUGCGUGAAUCGCAACACUAGAGGUAUUAAAGGAGCAGGAACCACCCUCAGCCCUCCUGGACAUUGAUUGUUCUCUCAUUACGUUAGAAUAAUGCUCAUGUACUUCAGAUAAUGGAGCAGAUAACAAAAAAAACAUUGUUAUGACCUCGACAACAAAGUGCCUCAGUCUGAAUCUGAUUCUGAAAAUGGAAUCUUAUGUCACCUCAUCUUUGUAUGUAAAUAAGAAAUGAACUUGAGGGAAGAUGUGGAAUAUUAUUUAAUAUAGUUAUACUGGCAUUCAGGUUUAUAAAAGGUGAAACUGAAGCUGGACAACACUUACUUUUUAAUCCCGAAAUCAUUUUUACCCUGUCCCAGUCAGAAAUAUGUUUGAUUCCCACUUAUUUAUGAAGCACACAUCAUCAGCUGUGUGGAGCUGCUUGUUGCAAUGAUCGAGUUUUAAAAUGUUAUUACUAACAACUGAACUAGUAAACGAAAUAUUUAAAAAAAUAAACUUCAACAGUGAACUCAA